CGACAAGCUUCACAAUUCGUUUCCGUAAGAAAUUUCGAGUCGUUAGGGUUAGGGCUCCAGGAAGGGUCAUCAGCCAUGGCGGCCGCCGUCGAGUCCGUACAAUGUUUCGGGAGGAAGAAGACAGCCGUGGCGGUCACCCACUGCAAGCGUGGGAGAGGUUUGAUCAAGAUUAAUGGGUGCCCGAUUGAGUUGGUGGAGCCGGAGAUCCUCCGCUACAAGGCCUACGAGCCGGUCCUUCUGCUUGGGCGUCAUCGCUUCGCCGGCGUUGACAUGAGGAUCAGAGUAAAGGGUGGAGGUCACACUUCUCAGAUCUACGCGAUCCGUCAGAGUAUCGCUAAGGCCUUGGUCGCUUACUACCAGAAAUACGUGGACGAGCAGUCGAAGAAGGAGAUCAAAGAUAUCCUUGUCAGGUAUGAUCGUACGCUUUUAGUUGCUGACCCCAGGCGGUGCGAGCCCAAGAAAUUCGGCGGUCGCGGUGCUCGUGCGAGGUUCCAGAAGUCCUACCGUUGAGCAAAGAGAACAGGGGAGAGGAGGUUUGUCUGCAGGGAUUUUUUUCAUGGGUCGAGACUUGCUUGCGUUAUUAUGUUUUGUUCUGUUUCAGAUUAGCUAGUGUUUCUCUAGUAAUUGAACAUCAAAGAUUAGAGUUUUUCAACUAUGUUUAAGCUUCAUUUUUAAACAAUUUUGCGUAUGAGUUUGAAUCUUCUUAUCUAUAGUUGACUGUGAACUCUGAUUAUAUGAUUUAAGUCCUCAACGAAUGUUGUUUCUGUUGAGCUUUAA